UUUAAAUUAUUUGUCUCUUUAGCCUCUUAUUCUAUCAUAUUAUUUAUUUAUUUUAUUUUUAUUGCUUCUCAAUGUUCCAAUUUUCCAGCUUUCAGCUUUGUUGUUUGAAUUCUAAUUCUCUUCUUUGAUCAUACAUUUGUUAUGCCUUCAUGCAUGAUGGGGUUACCUAAUUAUUCUUCUUUAAGAGUUUUGGUUUCUUAGCAAUUCUUGGUUCAGAAAUUACCAGCUCCAUGGAUAUCUAUGUUCAUUGCUAGGAGGAUAAACCUUGCACAAACCCAUGUUUCUUUCUAUUUGUCAAUAGAAAGAAUGCUUAUACUUUAGGAUGUAUAUGCCAUAUACUAGGAGCAAUAACAUGGCUGCACAGACAGUACCUAAGUUGGCACUAAUACAUAAGCAUGAUUGGCUUAUUCUUCUGCUUCUUGGUGCUAUAGAGAUACUCUUGAAUUUUAUAGAACCCUUUCAUCGCUACGUUAAUAAAGACAUGAUCAGAGAUCUUACUUUUCCAUUCAAAGAAGAUACCAUACCUAUGUGGGGUGUUCCUAUAGUGUCUAUACUCGUCCCCAUUCUUAUUUUUAUUGGGUUUUACUUUAUAAGAAGGGAUAUCUACGAUUUACACCAUGCAAUCAUGGGUAUCAUGUAUUCUAGCUUAGUAACAGGUGUUAUCACGGAUGCGAUCAAAGACGCCGUUGGUAGACCACGGCCGAACUUUUUCAUGCGUUGUUUCCCCGACAAAAUACCGGAGUUUGAUGAAGAGACUGGUGAUGUUAUUUGUCAUGGGAUUGCGAAAGUUAUAAAGGAAGGAUACAAAAGUUUUCCAAGUGGGCAUACUUCAUGGUCAUUUGCUGGGCUAGCCUUUCUUGCUUGGUACUUAUCUGGGAAAAUCAGAGUCUUUGAUAGAAGGGGCCAUAUAGCCAAACUAUGCAUUGUGUUGCUUCCAUUACUAAUUGCUUCUCUAAUUGGAAUUACUAGAGUUGACGAUUAUUGGCAUCAUUGGACCGAUGUCUUUGCCGGAGCUAUCAUUGGUCUUGUGGUGUUUUCAAUUUGGUGGAAACUCAAGUGCAGUCAACUUCACGUAAAGUUGAUACCUGAGAGUAGUUAG